UAAAUUUUUGUGUUUGAUACCGUGCAAAAGUUAUUCAGUUCGAUUUGCUUUUUGGUUGAAAUUAUAACAAAAAAAAGGAAGUGACGAAAUUUUCUGUUACCAUAUAUAUACAUGGAUUAAUCCUAGAAGAGAUGUUGCAAAUAUGAAUUGAAUAUUACCAUCUUAACAUUGACAGAGUGUAAAAAAUAAAAUAAUUCUCAAGUGUUUGAUCAAUUCAAAGCUGCAAACUGUUUCGUCGAAAUAUUCGCAGUGUCCUUUCAAGACUUUUUGACAAAAUGUCUAAUUCACCAAAAAUUCCUGACGUUAAUGAUAGUGAAGUGGCAAAUGCAAUAAUUAAUUCAAAGCCUUUGCGAUUAGAAGACGUAGCCAUUUUAAAUAAUGAUAAUUGCAAAAUCAAGGACAAACAACGUGUUGAAAGAAUUCUUAACGAGUUCAUGAGUGGAGGUCAUGAAAGAUUGCAAAUAGUCUCAGAUUUUGACUUCACCAUUACAAAGCAACGAACAUCGAAUGGUGCAACUGUUCCCAGCAGCUUUGGUAUUUUUGAAGAAUGUAAAUCGCUUCCCCCAAAUUUUGUCAAAGCGGCCCGUGAGCUGCAUGAUAUUUAUCGUCCUAUUGAAGUCAGUCCGCAUAUAUCGCGGGCAGAAAAAGUGAAAGCUAUGAUUGAAUGGUGGACCAAGUCAGGCGAGAAUUUGAUGGGAUUUACUUUCGACUUAAAAGAAAUCGACGAAAUCGCUAAGAAAUAUGCCUAUUCUAUGCGAGAUAAUUCACAUGAAUUGUUUAGAAACCUGGAUGCUCUCAAUAUCCCCGUACUUGUAUUCUCUGCUGGUUUGGGAAAUUGUGUUAUUGCAAUGCUACGUCAAGCAGGACUUUUUUAUCCUAAUAUGAAGGUUAUUUCCAAUUUUCUUCAAUUUAAGGACGAGACUAUGUUGAAUGGUUUUCAAGAGCCAAUAAUACACACAUUUAAUAAAAACGAAACUAUGCUAGAAGGUACAGAUUACUACGAUUUAGUGCACAGUCGUGAUCAUAUUAUACUAAUGGGCGAUUCCCUUGCCGAUUCUGGUAUGGCGGAUGGUGUGCCAGCAUCGUCUCAUGUUCUGAAGAUUGGAUUUCUUUUCCAUCAUGCUGAUGAAUACUUGGAGGAAUAUAUGAACACGUUCGAUAUUGUCUUGAUAGAUGAUCAAACAAUGAAUGUACCCUUAACGCUAUUGAAACUCAUCGAAGGAAAAACACUUCCUACGGAAUAGACGUUAAUAAUAAAAUAGUCUAAUAAUGAAAAUGUCUCAAAUGAUUAUACAUAAGGAAAUAUGUAUGAUCUAUGUUGAAUCCAUGUCCAAUUUACUCAAAUAAAAGCUUUACUAAUUUUGAAA